UGGGUUUAAGGAUGGCUGGUUUGGCUUCUCCCCCUGCCUCACGCCCCGCCCUCUUGCUGUUCACCCUUAUGGCCAUGACCCUGGUGACCUCCAGCUACCCUCAGCCACGCCUCCGACCCAUACACAGCUUUCUCCCCCUUCUCCCCAAAAACUCCAACAAGAGGGAGGAGUGGGAGGUGCUCUACCCUUCCGUCUCGCUCCGUGAUUGGAGCAUGCAGAUGAUGUCAGCCCCAUACUUUGGUGAGGCCAAGAGCAACGCAGAGCUCCUGGGGGAGCAGUGGCUCCCAGUGGUGGGCCAGUGGCAGAUGGACGAGGAUAUGGCCAAGGGCUGGCUGGGCGACUGGGCUCCGCAGGGCUCCAACAAUGAGGAGAAGAGGAACAUCGUGGUGGCGGAUGAUGCAGCGUUCAGAGAGAAGAGUAAGCUGCUCACAGCUAUGGAGAGACAGAAGUGGCUUAACUCCUACAUGCAGAAACUGUUGGUCGUCAAUUCCCAGUAAUAAGAUGACUGCUA